GCUUAAGUUUGGACAAUGGUUAUGCAGUGCACAUGCGAUUGCAAUUGCAGUAGUGUACGCGAUUGUUUGCCACGUGGCACAAAGUCGAAGGAGCAGCAGCAGGAGCAGCAGGACUCGCCUGCUAUGGAGCAGAGCGUUAACUAUUAUCGCCGCCUAUCGAAUAGCUCAAGUGCGCUCUACGGCAGCUGCCCACAGCUGCCACAAACAGCAGCGGCAGCCAACGUGCAACAGCAUACAGCAAGUUGCAACAGCAAGCGGCAAGUAACUGCAGCUGCAGCUGAGGCGCGUUCAUACUCGAGUCUACUGCAUGCGAAGCUGAGAGACGCGGUGCUGUGCAACAAAUGCGCGCUGUGA